UGUGGUCCCAAUGGGGAACAACCUGCCUUAAAAUCCUUCAACUGUAAAUGUUACCUGAACCACUGCCUUAUUUAGAUUUUUGCACCAUAUUCCCUUUCUCCGACAUGUAAUAUUUCUGCUGUUACCACCCCAGGCGGUCUUCAUUAUCCCAGGUUCUAUGUGUUGUAUUGACAUUUUGACGCAAUAUUUUUUUUUUAAUUGAGUAUGCAGGUUUCCCUGGUCUGGAGAUAAUCCUAAACCUGCACGAAAUGAUGCUGGCUCUGAGAUCAGUCAAUUCUUCGCACUCCGCAUAUGGCUGUUUCCUGUUCUCACCCUUGUUCUUCCAGGAGUACAACUUUGGAUCAGCGUCAAAGCACGGCAAGGAAACUAUCAAAUGCAAACUGCUCAUGAAGUCUGUGUUGCCACUGUUCCGAUGUCUGACCUCCAUUGAGCGCAGCGUGGAACGAUGUCGUAUAUCGGUCAGCACUGCCACCGACCGAGUUGUUAUCCAGUUUUUCUGCAGACAUGGCAUCAUUAAGACCCACAACAUGCAUUUCCAGGAAAGUGAGGCUCUGCAGGCAGUGUUUGCCUCACACCUCUGUCCUAAUGUGCUGAGGGCUCCUGCCAGGCUUCUCGCUGAUAUGGUGAUGCACUUUCCCCCGUUUCAGGAGGAAAUCACUCUGUCCAUCACUGCCAUGAAAGUCACUCUCAGAAACUACCAGGAAGGCGGAAAAGGACACAUGAAGACCUUGUGCACAGAGAUGUCCUUACACCCAGACGAGUUUGACUACUUCCAGAUCGGGCUGGACUCGGACAUCACCUUCUGUCUGAAGGAGCUGAGGGGAAUAUUGUCCUUUGCAGAGUAUCACAGCCUUCCAGUGUCAAUAUACCUUGGUGCAGCAGGAAAGCCGGUGUGUUUCUCUGUGGAUGACAUGGUGCUGGAGGGAACUGUGCUGCUGGCCACUCUGAUGGACUCUGAAAGCAACGACCAUUCUCAACCCACAGAACCCCGAAGCCCUACAACACCCAGGGGCGUAAACUCCUCAGCCCAAGCAGUGGAUGCGUUUGAGGGACCUAGCAGCAUGCAUCACGACAUUCCUGCUGAGAUGGUUACAUCCAGCCAGGGCAGCCCUGUAAUCAACUCUCCCAAUCGAAUGCAUCAAAACAUGUGGCCUGCUUGCCUCAGUUUGCCCGGCAGUACAUGUACCAGUGCCAACACGAGCCCUGCAUCUACCAAGAUCUGUUCCCUUCUGUUCAAAGCCGUGUCCUCCAAGCAGGAUGACGGUGCUUGUGCUGCCCAGCCGCCUGUUCUGGCAUGUUACAGUGAUGAAGAAAACACGGAUGACAACCAACCAGGAAGCCCUUCACUCUGAGGCAAUAUGCAGGUCAUGACUUGGUGGGACGUCUGCUUGAAACAGCUCAAAUGGACUCAGAAUGUUAAACUGAUGAUUACCCAUUAAAUAUUUGAAGAAUAUUAACAGUU